UGUGGGCACAGGCAUUCUAGAUUUAUGAUUCAGAUGUGGGGCAAGGAUAGGGAUCUACGCGUGUGGUUUGAGUCACGAUAGGCUUCUUUGCGUCGCAGUGUAAAAUUUUCUCAAUAGUCAAAUGCCGAAGUCGUGGACGUGCGGACGUUGACAGCCUUGUUACCCUGAAAUCAGGCUAAGUUUCCUCAAUCGAGUGAACUUCGACAACUGGAUGCAUGCUUGUCUCUGCAUGACAAAUGAAACUCCUGCCUUGGCUUGCAGCUUGCUUGAAACCACCCGCGAACAUGGAUCACGCGCCUUGAAAUGUCGAAACGAUCAGGUGAGAGCCCAUGCCUUAUCUCAUGCGUCUCCACGAUCAGGAACACCUGAUGGGACGGCAAAAGCCGUUAUCGCAUUCUUGGGUAUCUCACACGAGAAGCGUGGGGUUGAGCCAGCCAUGCUGCACUCGAGACCCACUGGCUCAUCAGACGAGCCUACUGCGCAUUUUGAGUCGCUGACAGCAUCGGAAGCCUGCAGAUAUCACAUCAAUGUCAUCAAUUGCAUUUCUCCACCAGAUGUCCAGCACAUGCUACCCAUCGUACCAUGGGUUUCUGCAGACCGCAUCACGCACCGGCCCAGAAUCACAAUGCGCUCCAUCAUGUUGGAGUGGCAUUCGGUCGAGAGAGCGCAUUCCUGCUGCAUUGCAUUUGCAUGGAUGUUCCCGUGUUGCAUGCUCGCAAUGCUUUCUAUGGACCCAAUGGUUCUGAUAUGGCGUACGCGUGCUGACAGCUGAGACAUGCGCUAGCGUAGCGCCAUCGAGGUCCACUCUUGGGGUUGUAUCUCUGGGCCUAGCGAACAAUGACCAGGUAUGUCGGGCUGACAAGACAUUUUUCAUAGCCUUCAAGGGUCAGGCAUCAGCGCAUUCGUCCAUUGUGGCUCCCUCCAAAGACAGUAAGAAGAAGCGAAAGUGUUUCGCGCUCGUGGAUAAGCAGAUGUGAUGCACUAAAAGGCAAGCCCCGCCGUUCAUAGAAUGUCGUGAGGAUUUAUGUGCGUAUUCAA